AUGAAUUCGAAGAAAUACUCUCAGAUCAGUCGAUUAAUCAUUCUUCCCUGUCAUGCUAUUUACAAAGGCUUUGGUGCAGGCGAUUCACACGUCGAUUGGUAUAUGGAGGACUUUCAGAAACAAAGCAACGACAAUGAAGUGUGGUUGUUGCAAAUAGAAAGGGCUUUGGAUCUUCUUCAGGCUAGUAAAGGAUCAAUUUUAAUAAUAUCUGGUGGCAAGACAAAGAAAAACAUUGGUCCAAUAUCUGAGGCAUUUAGUUAUUUCAAUUUGAUAGCGCAGAACAAUUUGCUACAGAACAACGAAAACUUGAUUAAUAGAAUUUUAGUAGAGGAAUACGCCAGAGAUUCUUUUGAAAACCUUUUGUUUUCCAUUGCAAGAUUUAAUGAAGCUACAAACAGUUAUCCUUCAAAAAUCACCAUUAUUGGAUACGAUUUCAAGAAAAGAAGAUUUUUAGAUAAUCAUGUCAAGGCACUAAGGUUUCCCAUUGAAAAUGUCAAUUACAUAGGAAUUGAUCCUAGUCUUGUUCAUGAUGCUGAUGACAAUCAUGACAACGAAAGAUCAAUCUCAAUGAAUGAAAAAUUUGUUCAAGAAUUAAAUCAAUUAGAAUAUGAAAAUGCGGUUCGGCUAUUUGAAGAGGAUCCUUUUGGUUGUGGAGAAAAAUUAAUGAGAAAAAAAAUCAAAAGAAAUCCUUACAAUUCGAUCCAUCCUUACUAUAUAUCAAAUCCAGUAUUAUAUCCCUUGUUAAAUUAUUGCGAUCUAUCUUCAAGGUUAUCAGACUCUCAGCUAUUUGCUAAUAUUCCAUGGGCCAAAAAUACAAAACUAAGCAGAUAG